GCGUCAUGUAAACACCGGUUGGCGUGGCUUGCUUGAAUGUUCGAGCGUCCUUCGCGUCCUCCCUGGCCGCAGUUUGACAUUUCGUAAUAUUUGACGGGCUUUUGUCUUUAUUGCCGAUUUGGGUCAGAUGCCCCACAUUCUCCAAGGUUGAAGCUGUAAUACCAGUUGCAGCAAAAUAGUUUUGUAUCUUGGUAUACCUCUGGUAUAGGGCUAAAAGGAAAGGGAUCUGAAUGAAUAAUCCCGUAAUCUACUCUGAUAACGAGGUUGACAGCGCCUGAGGAACUAGGGUAGGUGGGCGUUGUUAGAGAAGUAUAGCUAUCCGCACGAGAGACCAGGCAUACAGUGUCAUCACCAACCUCAGUCUCAGAAGACUAUCAACAUGGCUCCCGUUGCCAAGCCCAAGAAAGCUCCAAGGACAUCGACUGGACCAAAGAAGCGUGGCCGACCUAAGGGAUCAAAAAAUAAGGUUGCAGCUAAAGGCCCUUCAAAGGUUGCCAAGGGUACGACAAAAGCAGCCAAAGGCAACUCUAAUCCAGUUAAAUUUGCUGAACUCGUUCUAGCUGCGUUUGAAGCUCUGGAUAACCGCAAAGGAACUUCCCUUCAGGCAGUCAAGAAGUACUUGAAGGAAAACAAUAACAUUGACGCCCGGAAGAAGUCUGUUUACAUCAACAAAGUAAUCAAGAACAUGAGUGACAACGGGAUUAUUCUUCACGUAAUUGGUAAAGGCGCCAGAGGAAGCUUCAAGUUGGCCAAUAGUCAGAAGUUCAAGCAUGGAAAUUCAAGUUCCCUGAAGUUCUCCAAGCACGUGCUGGCAGCCUUGGAGGCUUUGGAUAACCGAAAGGGAUGUUCUCUCCAGGAUAUUAAAAAGUACCUGAAGGAGAACAAGGGUGUCGAUCCAAAGAAAAAGGCUGUUCACAUCAAUAAUGCUAUCAGAGCCCUGACUCAAGAGGGGAAGUUCCGCCAAGUUGUCGGAACAGGAGCCAAAGGCCGUUUCAGGUUGCAGAAGGAAGAUGUGAUUGCACCUAGCUUUUCGGACCUUGUUUUUGAAGCUUUCAAGGCUCUGGAUAAUCGCAAGGGAUCUACUCUGCAAGCUGUGAGGAAGUACCUGAAGGAAAACAAUGGGGUUGAUCCCCAGAAGAAGGCUGUCUAUAUCAACAAGACCAUACGAAGAUUCCUAGAAGAUGGAACACUCCAGCACUUGAUCGGUUCUGGAGUCAAGGGAACAUUCAAACUAUGUAAAGAUCAGCCACCACCGAGGGUCAGUCACAAGAAAACAAGUAAGAAAGCAAGUAAGGAGGAGGAAACUCCCAAAGAGGAGGAAGUGAUUGAAGAAGAUGCAGAUGCCAGUGAAGAAAAGUAGUCUGUUCUUCGUUUGUAUUUGACAGCUUGGAUCGUCUUCUAGAUUUAGCGAGAGGUUUUGGAGAUUUUUUUUACAAAUCAAUAAAAGUUUUACAUUU